AUGGACCGAACCCUCUUUCACAUUUCCCCAGACCAGACAUACAUAUUCAUUGCCGAACUGAUCUACGGCCAGAUGAACCGCCCCGAACGACCCUCGCCCUAUCUCCUGCCUGAUCACGUACUGGUUGAUCCUAUGUUCUGCUGUCCCAUCGUCCUGGCUAGUUGUAUACUCCGAGCGAGCGUUGAGUGUUUCCUGUCCCGCGCAUUAGUUCCUGUGCCCGACGAGCCAGAAAGAAAAAAGCCACCGACCUUCACCGGGCGCCUGGUCCUGGGAUUUCGUCGCUGGUGCCUCUGGGGACUCUCAUAG